CGGGCCCAGGGGACGGCCCCCGCCCCGACCGGACCCACCAUGGCCGAGGGCCUGCCCGGACGUGAACACCUCCUCUGAGCAGCCGGCGAACAGAAUACAGAGCAGACGGACGGUCACCCGUGUCCAAUGGCCUGGGGCAGCCGGGAAGCCGGGCUGGAGCCGGCGAUCAGCUGUACCCUGAGCUGUAGUUGUCAGUGUUUCAAACCAGGAAAGAUCAACCCCCGUCAGUGUGAGCAAUGCAGACAUGGUUGGGUUGCCCACGCCCUGAGCAAACUGAGGUUCCCCAACCUGUACCCCCCCAGCCAAGUGGAGAUCGUCCAGUCCAACGUGGUCUUCGAUAUCGGCAGCCUCAUGCUCUACGGGACUCAGGCCGUCCCAGUCCGCCUGAAGAUCCUACUGGACCGACUGUUCAGCGUCCUCAAGCAGGAGGAGGUCAUCCAGAUCUUGCAUGCACUGGAUUGGACCUUGCAGGAUUACAUCCGCGGCUAUGUGCUUCAGGAUGCCUCCGGCAAGGUGCUGGACCACUGGAGCAUCAUGACGGGGGAUGAAGAGUUGGCCGCACUCCAACAGUUCCUGCGUUUCGGGGAGACCAAAUCUAUCGCGGAGCUCAUGGCCAUCCAGGAGAAGGAGGGACAGCUGAUGGUCGCCCCUCCGGCCCCCGCCAACCUGGACAUCCGGGCCUUCAUCGAGAGCUGCGGCCAGCGCGGCUCCGGCCUCCCUGCCCCGGGCCCCAUCCACCCCUUCGAGAACCCGGUGGACAACGUGGCCUUCAUGCUGCCUUUCCAGUUGUUCACCCCGUUGCCCCCGCCCCUGAUCGGUGCCCUGCCCGAGGCGGAGCCGGGCCGGGAGCCGGGGAGCGACCUCCCCGGACAGGACGGGCGGGCAUCCCGCACCGGGGGUGGUUUCCCGUCACCACCCCCGGGCCCCUUUGGCGCCAGGGAGGCCGAGCCGGCCGAACCCGCCCCGGACGUCGCUCCCCGCCGGGCCGAGCUGGAGCCGGGCCCGCCGUCCCCCAGGGCCCGGGGGGCGGAGAGGGGGGGCCCGCGCAAGGGGAGGGUCUUCUGCACGGCCUGCGAGAAGACCUUCUACGACAAGGGCACCCUGAAGAUCCACUAUAACGCCGUGCACCUCAAGAUUAAGCACAAGUGCACCAUCGACGGCUGCAACAUGGUGUUCAGCUCCCUGAGGAGCCGGAACCGGCACAGCGCCAACCCCAACCCCCGCCUCCACAUGCCCAUGAAUCGCAACAACCGCGACCGGGACCUCCGCCGAGGCCCAGACGACGGCAGGAGGCCGCCCGGUCCCCCGCCCCGCGACCUGGACCCCCGGCCCGAGGCCAAGGCCCCCGCCGGCCCGGGCCCCAACGGCGUCCUCUUCCCCAUCCUAAAGACGGUCCAGCCAGUGCUCCCCUUCUACCGCAGCCCGGUGCCCCCCGCCGAGCUGGCCCACAUGCCGGGCACCCUGCCGUCCCUCCCCCCGCUGUCGUCCUCCACCGGACCGGGGGGUGAGGGCCUGCCCCUGUUCGACCCCCUGCCCAAGAAGAAGUCACGCAAGUCCAGCAUGCCCAUCAAGAUCGAGAAGGGGGCGGCAGAAGAUGGCCCCUCGCGGGCGGGUGGCAACGGCGAGCCGGACCCUGGGGCCGCGUGGCCGCCAGCGGGCAGGGCUUGGGGGGCUCCCCCCGGGGGCGGGCCCCCGCCGCGGACCGACCCCGGCCGAGACCUCCGGGAGAGCCCCGCGGAAGACGACCCGUCCGCCGGGCACGGCCGGACGUUCACUCUGGGGACCGGGGAGCGUCUCCUCGGCGACCCCCCGCUCCUGGCGCGCUUUUUCGGACCGCCCCCGGGCCCCCCGUCUUUCGAGAAGGACCCCGCCGAGCCCGGGACCCCGCCUGGGGAUGGACCCCGGCCCCGCUUUCUGGCCGCGGCCUUUCUCGGUGCCUUGCCCUCCCGGGGAACGGUCCCCCCCUGUCGCGAAGACCCCCGAGGUCCGGAGCUCGGGGGGCUGAAGGAAGAGAGUCGCUUCCACUGCGACAUCUGCCAGAAGAAUUUCAAAAACCCGUACAGCGUGAAGAUGCAUUACCGAAACGUCCACCUGAAAGAGAUGCACCUUUGCACGGUGGAAGGUUGCAAUGCCACCUUCCCUUCCCGCCGAAGCCGAGACAGACACAGCUCCAAUCUCAACCUACACCACAAGCUCCUGACCAAAGAGGCCCCGGAGAUGCCCCCGAUCCUCCCAUCCUACCUGACUCUGGACGUGCCCAGCGAGGCCUACCGGGACCUCCGACCGCCCUCCGCCCAGACGUCCGUCCUCUUCAAGGGCAUGAACCGGACCGGCAGCCUGGUCUACCCCAUGAGCAAGCUCCGGGACCCCCGCCCGGAGGGCUACGGCUACCCCCCGACGCCCGAGGGCACAGUCCUGGACCUGAGCACCACUUCCAGCGCCCCGUCGGAGGGCAGCGCGCCCUCGUCCUGGGACUCGGACGGCGGGAGCGACGAGGGGCUCGUGGCCCUGGACGACAGCGACGAGAGCUGCGGGGGGGACCCUGACCCCCGGGCCGGCCCCCACCCGCCCCCCGGCCUGCCCAUCACCUGCCACCUGUGCCAGAAGAUCUACAGCAACAAGGGCACCUUCCGGGCCCACUACAAAACCGUGCACCUUCGCCAGCUGCACAAGUGUAAGGUGCCAGGGUGCGACACCAUGUUCUCGUCCGUCCGCAGCCGAAACCGCCACAGCCAGAACCCCAAUUUACACCGGAGCUUGGCCUCGCCGACACACAGCCUCCCUUAAGGGGUGCGGGGACCCGAUCUGGCCCUUCCCCCCGACCCCCAAAUCUCCGCUGGCUCGGACGAUGGAGACGCCGGGCCGUCUGAGGCGAUUCUGCCCGCGCGGAGGAGCGGACUCGGGGAGGAGGAGGCGGGCGGCAGCCACUGGUGAGCGUCGUUCAUCCGAAGCAUCGACCCCAAUCCCCGAGGGCCCGUCCCAGGGGAGGACCGAGGUGCCCGGCCGACUUCACCCCACCGGAGGAGGUCCGUCGCCAGCCACGUCAAUGGGCCCUUCCAUGACAUCAAGAGCCGAAGUCAGGGUGGAGGCCGUGGGGUCGGCGAUUCCCUCACGUUAGGGUUCUCCCACCCCAGGAAGUCCGUCAGGGCCCGUGACAGUGGCGUGACAGUCCUUCCUUGCCGAAGCAGAAGAGCCCAUCCAUCCAGAGACGCUUUUAGAUCCCACCAUUCAGGGCGGGGGGCAUCCGCUCUGUCACCCCACACUUGCUUCCCUGUCCCCGCUCUGACUCAGAGAACCACCCGUAACAAUUUCCCUCCGUCGGCAGAAAGGAAAGGACACGGGCCCAAACGUUCCCUCAGAGGCCCAGAAGCUCCCAUCUCUCCAGGAAGGCAAAACUCCGGUCGGUCCCGAGAGAUCGGUCUUUUGCCGUGACACCCCAGCACGGGGAAACUUAAAGGAUACCCGUGGGACCAGGGGCAUCGUGACUGACAGUAUUCUGCACUUCGUACUGGGUUUGCAUUUUAUUUAAAAGCGUUUUGAUAGUAUUUAAUUUGUGAUUGUCAUACAAGUCUUGUAUAUGUCUGUGGCGGGCAACGGUAUGCUCGACUGAGUCUUUUUCUAAAGAGCAGAAGAAAUGCUAAACCGGGUUUGGCCAAACCACUGCUUAGUUUGACGGUUUUCCUUUUUAUUAUUAUUUUUUUUCAUUUUGUAAACUCUCGAAUUUCUGUUAGACCAGUUGUGGUACCCAAGCAUGCUUCUCCAACAGCACAAUUUGUGUAUAUUAUCCCAAAGUGCUUCAGGUAUUUGUGGUUUUUUCUAGGGUCGGGGUGGAUUUUCCAGGAUAACUGGAGCUCUUCUUUUUCAGGCAUUUUUGGACGUGUUAAGAUUAUAAACUGAACCUCAGGGUUUAGUUGGUAGGAAGAAAAGGGCAAAGUGACUGCCGUAGUUUGUCUUCCUGUUUAACUUAUUCUAGGAUGCUCCAAAGGCAGUAUGGAACCACUUCAUAUUGUACAAAUAAAGCUAAACCAAAUGAAAAGAGUUCACAGUGUAGGAGAUUUGGUUGUGCAUUUUGCAAACCUGAGGCCGGUAGGAUCGUUCAGAUCCGUGCCAACCGGAAAUGGGUUUUGUACCUCACGUGGAACUCAACCCACCUUUUAUAUUUUUUCAGUAGUGUUAAAAAACAACGAAAGGUUCAUAAUGAUGGUCAGUGCUUUAUAAAAAAAAGCAUAUUAUUACUCAAGCCUUUUGGUGAAACCCACCAAAAUUCUGUUGCCGAUUUUCUACCUGUUUUGUAGCAGUGUUAUUGUCUAACCUUUUGGGCUUGGUCUGAGACAGUAUGGUGCAUCUCUCAAAUAUUGUACUUCCCAGACCUCAUGUUUUUUCACAGUUUCCCCCCCAAAAAAGUAGCUAAAUUUGUAUACCCUCUGAGUUUGUUUUGUAUGCGUUAAUAAAAAUAUACCACGUAUC